CGAUUAUAUGAUAUUCCAAUUAAAUAGCAGAACGACCCCUUUCUGUGCGUUACAUAUAGUGUGUGCGAAAAACAAAAUGUGUGAAGAAGAAAUUCAGGCUUUGGUGGUAGACAAUGGUUCCGGUAUGUGCAAGGCCGGAUUUGCUGGAGAUGACGCCCCUCGUGCCGUUUUCCCGUCCAUAGUCGGCCGUCCAAAACAUCACAGCGUGAUGAUCGGUAUGGGCCAAAAAGAUGCCCAUGUCGGUGACGAAGCUCAGAGCAAACGAGGUAUCCUAAGUUUAAAAUAUCCGAUUGAACACGGAAUCGUGACCAAUUGGGACGAUAUGGAGAAAAUCUGGCAUCACACCUUUUACAACGAGCUGCGUGUAUCCCCAGAAGAACACCCCGUGCUGCUCACCGAAGCACCAUUAAACCCCAAAGCCAACAGGGAAAAAAUGACUCAGAUAAUGUUUGAAACUUUUAACACGCCUGCUAUGUAUGUUGCCAUUCAAGCUGUCUUGUCUCUAUAUUCUUCAGGUCGUACCACAGGGAUUGUUAUGGAUUCCGGUGAUGGAGUCUCUCACACUGUGCCGAUAUAUGAAGGUUACGCCCUUCCACACGCCAUUCUCAGAUUGGACUUGGCCGGUCGCGACUUGACCGAAUACCUCAUGAAAAUCAUGACUGAACGUGGAUACCCUUUCGUCACCACCGCUGAACGGGAAAUCGUUAGGGACAUCAAGGAAAAAUUAUGCUACGUAGCUUUAGAUUUUGAACAGGAAAUGGCGACGGCCGCCACCUCCAGCUCUUUGGAGAAAAGCUACGAACUGCCCGACGGUCAAGUCAUCACGAUCGGAAACGAAAGAUUCCGGUGCCCAGAAGCUUUAUUUCAACCGUCAUUGUUGGGUAUGGAAUCCGUUGGCAUCCACGAAACAACUUUCAACUCAAUCAUGAAAUGCGACGUCGAUAUUAGGAAGGACUUGUAUGCCAACACGGUUCUGUCUGGAGGAAGCACCAUGUACCCAGGUGUCGCCGCUCGUAUGGAAAAGGAAAUUUCUGCCCUUGCACCACCUACCAUGAAAAUUAAAAUUGUCGCACCUCCAGAGCGGAAGUACUCCGUAUGGAUCGGAGGAUCGAUUCUGGCCUCACUAUCUACCUUUCAGCAAAUGUGGAUCUCCAAAGAAGAAUAUGACGAAUCCGGACCUUCUAUUGUUCACAGAAAGUGCUUUUAGUUCAUUUUAUCAUUAAACAAUUGAUAUAUUGCAUAAUAUAAUACAGAAAUUUAGUCCUAGACCAGGUCCUGAUUCAAUUUUUAUCACUUUUUAUAGACAUUAAUCACAAUAAUUUGGGAUCUGAUUUUUGAUUCUGUUAAACGAAAUCUUGCUUUCAAAAUUUAUAUAGGCACUUACUUGGAAACUAGAAGAGAGAAGUAGAUGUUAGACUAGCCGUAGAUGUUAUUUAUAUCGAUUUCUCCAAUGCAUUUGGUUAUAUAAAUCACAGAAUCUCUUUGUUGAAUUUAUAUUCUUAUUAUUAUGCAUUAUUUUUUUAACUGAUAAUCUGAAACUUUUUAUUACUGUUCCUAAUAUAAAAGAUAGAAUCAAUUGUAUUCUGUUGAAUGGAUGUGCCCCUUAAAUAAGGAAAAACAAACUGUCAGAGUCAAAUAAAAAUCAAAAACUC